CGUUGCGGGUACCCGCUGUCCUUCUACUUCCACGCUCCCCGUCUUGUCCCACAUAUCAGUGAACUGUUUCCACACUGCUUCAACAGAGAGGAGGGAACCCGUGGCACCGAGUGAAGAGAGAGAGAGAGAGAGAGAGAGAGAGGGAGAGGGCGGAAAGGAGAAGGAGAGAGAGGUAAAAGGCAGAAAGAGCAGAGAAGAGGAAAGAGGUCGCCGUAGUCUCUCUCCUGAAUCUCCAACGAGAAGAUGCUGAGAACAGCCGGCGUGCUGCUUGCUUUGGUUUUGGGGUUGAGCGCCGCUCACACCAAAGUGAAUAAACACAAGCCCUGGAUAGAGACAUCAUACCAUGGGGUAAUCACUGAGAACACUGACAUCGUUCUGCUGGAUCCUCCCCUUGUGGCCCUGGAUAAAGAUGCCCCAGUCCCUUAUGCAGGGGAGAUCUGUGCGUUCAACAUACACGGGCUAGAUGCACCGUUCGAAGCAGUGGUGCUGAACGGUACGUCUGGUGAGGGCCAGCUGAGGGCACGGGGCCUGGUGGACUGCGAGUUACAGAAGGAAUACACCUUCAUCAUUCAGGCUCAUGACUGCGGGUCGGGCCCUGGGGGCAUCGAGGGCAAGAAGUCCCACAAGGCAGUGGUGCACAUUCAGGUGAACGAUGUGAACGAGUUUGCUCCAGUGUUUCGGGAGCCCCAGUAUCGAGCGGCAGUAACAGAGGGCAAGAUUUAUGACAAUAUCCUGCAAGUGGAGGCUACUGAUCAGGACUGCUCACCACAGUACAGCCAGAUCUGCAACUACCAGAUCACCACUACCAACACACCCUUUGCCAUAGAUCGCAAUGGUAACAUCCGGAACACAGAGAAACUGAGUUAUGACCACCAGCAGCAGUACGAGAUCCAGGUGACAGCCUGGGACUGCGGCCAGAAGAGAGCCUUGCACAGUGUUCCUGUCCGCAUUGACGUCAAGCCGGUCUGCAAACCUGGCUGGCAAGGUUGGAAUAAACGAGUGGACUAUGAGCCAGGAACGGGCAGUAAGCAGUUGUUUCCCAAGAUGCACCUUGAGACCUGUGGUGGACCUCUGUCUUCGGUGAGGACCACAGUGGAGCUGCAGACCAGCCACAUUGGAAAGGGCUGCGACCGGGAGACCUACUCUGAGAAAUCCCUACAGAAACUCUGUGGUGCCUCGUCGGGGAGCACCGACCUUCUCCCUGCCCCCAGCACGGCCACCAAUUGGACAGCAUCCCUAGUGUCUGACAGUGGGAGGGACAGUGACUUGAUCUUCAGGUUUGAUGGUCGUCAGGCAGCCAAAAUCCCAGACUGGGUGGUACCCCAGAAUUUGACAGACCAGUUCACCAUUGCAACAUGGAUGAAGCAUGGGCCCAGUCCAGGGCUCAGAGCUGAAAAGGAGACACUACUUUGUAACUCUGACAAGACUGAGAUGAACCGUCAUCACUACUCGCUGUAUGUCCAUAAUUGCCGCCUGGUGUUUCUGCUGAGGAGAGACUUCACCCAGGUAGACACCUUCCGGCCGGCUGAGUUCCACUGGAAACUCGAGCAGAUAUGUGACAAGGAGUGGCAUUACUUUGUCAUCAAUGUGGAGUUCCCAGUGGUGACACUCUAUGUGGACGGAGUGACCUAUGACCCCUACCUGGUGACGGACGACUGGCCCAUCCACCCCUCACAGAUUGAUGUUCAGCUCACAGUUGGUGCCUGCUGGCAAGGUGGGGAGGUGACCAAGCCGCGGUUCACUCAGUAUUUCCGGGGAAGCCUCUCUGGACUGACCAUCCGACCAGGAAAGAUUGAGAGUCAGAAAGUCAUAUCCUGUCUGCAGGCCUGCAAAGAGGGACUGGACAUCAAUUCCCUCGAGAGUCUGGAUAAGAGUAUAAAGUUCCACUUUAACCCAGCUCAAUCCAUCCUCGUAAUGGAGGGAGAGGACUUGGAGAACAUGAACGCCGCUGUGAGGAAAGUUUCCUACAUAAACUCUCGUCAGUUUCCCACACCAGGUAUCCGACGCCUGCACAUCUCCACUGCAGUCCAGUGUUUUGGUGAAGACACUUGUAUCACCAUCCCAGACAUCGAUGCAGUGGUCAUGGUGCUGCAGCCCAGUGAGCCCAGGAUCACAAUCAGCGGAGUGGAGAGACUGAGCCAUCCAGCCUCUGACUUCAGAGCAUCAGGAGGGAUUGCUCUGUUCCAGGACCUCCACAUCAUCAGUACAGUCACCAGGGCAGACACGGCUGCACAUCACACAGCACAUCGACCUGGAGUGAUGGAGGAGAUCAUUCAUAACUUGGACUACUGUGAUAUCCUGGUGUUGGGGGAGGAGCUCAGCCCAGAGCACGAAUCUCUCCAACUGCAGCGAAGCGUUCUGCUUGGAAAACACCUCGAUGCAACCAACUCCACCUCUGGCAUGUCUAUAUAUGGCGUGGACUCCAUGUCCAACUAUGAGCAGGUGAUCCGACAGGUGCGCUACUACAACUGGCAUCCCGGACAGCUAACAGAGAGGCGGUUUCGCCUCACUUGUUCAGAACUCAAUGGACGCUACACCAGCAAUGAGUUCAGCCUUGAGGUGAGCAUCCUGCACAGCGGAGAAGCCCGGGAACACGCCAAUCACAUGGUAGCUCCACCUCCGUACAUGCAGGUGGUCCACCAUCCAUCCAUGAUCCAGGAUCUGUACCCUGUCCACAGCUCAGGUGUACCGAGCGCUGCCACAGUGGUAAUAGUAAUGUGUAUUGCUGUCCUGGUGGUGGUUGUAGUGCUGGGCAUUUACCGCAUCCACCUGACCCACCAACAGGAGGUGAAGCUGGCAGAGGCAGCUAAAGAGGCAGAUGUGACCUGGGACGAGUCUGCUCUGACAAUCACAGUCAACCCCAUGGAGAGUUUGGAGGAGCCUCAGGCUGUGGAGGAGGAGGCCAGCGAGGAGGAGGAGGAGGAGGAUGAAGAAGAGGAGGAAGACGAUGACGAGGAUGACAUCACCAGCGCCGAGUCAGAUGACAGUGAGGAGGAAAUAGACGUCCAGCUACCCAGGAUGCAGCGCUCGAGCAAGAAGGGCCAAAAUUGGGACAAAACGACGAUAUCUUAUUGAAACUCACACACACACACUCUCCCACAGUUAUACACACACACACACACACGCUACAACACAUCUAUACUGAAACCUCAAAUCACAUGGUCCAAACAAAAAGACUGAUCUUGAUAUUCUAAAAAUUAGUUAAUAUCGCCCCCUACUGGAAGACUAUACUGAUCCACACUCUCACACACACACACACGCACACGCACACACACACAGAGUGCAGUGAUUUAACCUUAGCCUUGUCACAGAACCUCCUGUUUUAUACAGCUGAUACGAGAUAAUAUGACUCUAAAAGUGCUCCUCAAUCAAAUGACUUUCAUUGUUCUUAAAGGAACAGAUCACCAAAUUUAGUUCAUCCCGAGAGAGAUGUCCCAUGAAUUAUCUCUCUCCCAUUACAGCGCAGUCUUUAGUGAAAUCAAGUUGUAGGAAAAGCCUUUUGUCAAUUAAACCCUGCACCAUACAUUCAGUUUGAUGUGUCAAAAUUCACAGUGAGAUUUCUGAUGUCCCAUAUAAGAAUAAAAAUGCAAAACAUCCUUUAUUUAGGAAAAGUGAGUUGCAAAAGUAAAGAAACAGAAUAUUUUUUGGUUUGUAUACUUCAUGUUAUUUAUCAGUCUUUAUUCUGGCCUAUGUGGCAAAGCCAGGUAAUUUUACAGAAAUAGCAUAUUUUAAAUGGUACUCAAAAACAAAUAGAACAAAAAAAAAAGAAAAAAGGGGAAAAAAAAAAAGAUGAUGUGCUGUCACAGGCGCCAUGUUGAACUAGCCGACGGGGUCUGUGUUCUGGGUUUUUGGGAAAGACAGGAGUCUCCUUGUACAUUUUUAUACGCUCCUUUCUUGUAAAUAUUGAGCAUAGUAGGUGACCCCCACCCCACCAAGUCAGCCCCACAUUGUCAAACCAGAGACCCUCCUUUCCACUUGUACACAGCACACCUCUUCAUGUGUAUGUACACACCCUAAACCUUUAGCCUGCAGGAGUCGUUCCAGAGCCGACCCCCGAGUCCCCCCCGUGCGUGUUUCUAGCUCAGUGUUCCGAUCAUUCCGGCUGAUGGCAACUUGGCUUUGCUCUCGUGGAUGUGCCACUGCCUUUGCAGUAGUUGGGUCAUUAAAAGCUGCACUAGGUGAUAUUACUGUGUAAAAGAAGAGCAUCCCCACACUACGCCAAUGCCCUAAAUGGCAGCGAAACUCAAUGAAAGAAAAGUUUGAUUUAAAGCCAAAAAUUGAAACUUCUGGCAGGGAAAUACGCAAUCAUGAAUUAAUAUUAGCUUUUAAAGCUAGUAGCAUUACUAGAACUAAAGUUGAAUUUUACACAAGGUGAGAAACUUUCUUUUUUUUUUGACAAACACUGCAUUGUUUGAUGAGGGCUGUUUCAAAAAUAUAUUUAAACAUGUUUUUAAUUACAAAAGAAAAACUGAAUUGAGGCUUAAAUAUGACUAAAGGUACUUUUGGCUACUCUGUUACUUCCAAGGGUCACCACAGUGGAUGGAUCCUCAUUUUUGAUUUGGUAUAUAUUUUAUUGACAACUCUCCCAAUUACCUGGCCUUGGGCCCAGCACUGGGAGUAUACUAGCUUGUGCCCUCCUGAGGCUGGAUUUGUGUCUCAAGCUGGGGAAUAUGUUAAUCACUACACCAUGCAGCCACCAAGGUGUAAAUAUGACUCUGGUAAAUUAAAGAAAAAUAAUAAAUAUGGUCUCUGUGGGAUUUUGUUUUUGAUUAAUAUAAAGAUUAAAUCUAUUAACGUUAUAUUAACAGAGACACAAUGAUAUCUCGACCCAGUUAGCCUUACCUCUAUAAAGCAGUUUAGCAUCUUUCAGCUCAUUGUUUUGGUUCAGCACUUAACAACUUUGAUGUUCUGGUUAGGUCAUCAACCUUUUCAACCUCAUUUGAAGCCAACAGAGCGAGAGGUUUUCACCAAAAACAAAAACAAAAAAAGAUAGCUAAACUGAAAAGGUUAGCAGCUAGCUGAUUACUACAGUAAAGCAUUUAGCAUCUUAAAGGCCUUUACACAGCAAGCGUGUUGCUAAAAAAAGACACGAAUUUCCAAAUUUAGGACGCAACCUUGUCAUGUAACAUAUAUGCACAUUGAAUGCAUUGCAUUUUUGUGAAUAAUUCAUUGUCAAAAUGCAGUGGUCUGAUCAGUCAGAUCUGUUUAUUCACAUGCAAAAACGGAACUGAUCCGAAAAAAAAUAAAUGCCGCAAAUUCAUCCUGUGAAAUUACACAGUCUGUGUGAACAGCUGCAUUAAGAACAGGUGAGUUUGAAAAAAAAUUUUAACUCGUAAAACAUUUGCACAGAUUUUACGCAUCCGGUGUGUAAAGGCCUUAAGGACUAAGUGAUUUCAAAGAGGAAAACCCAAAGCCAAAAGGAGAAUAGAUAAUGUUGCACUUAGACUUAUAAGUUGGCCAAAUUAAACUGUUGCUUCAUGUCUGCCGGGUGUGUUUAUAGUCAGGAGUUAGCUAACCCAUUAGUGAUAUCAAUUAAUGUGAGUCUAAUACCUUGCAGAACAUUAUCUUGGUAUAAUUUUUACUUGUUACCUAUCAAAGAACUUACUAGCUCUCGUAAAGUAGUGCUAAUAUUUGCCAAAAAAAUUUCCUUUGACAGCAACUGGGCCAGUAAAACGGUUAUCUCUUAGAUCACUUUUAGAGCAUGUGGUGACUCCUAAAGGUACACUUUGUUUCCAAAAUGGCCAAAAAAAAAAACUUUUCUAAACUUCUUUGAAAAAACUCAGCAUUAAUGGAAGAAAUUUAAAUCUAGAGACUGAUGUCACAUUACAUAAAUCCCACCUCAUUAGCCAGCCCUCGAGGCUCGAGGCCACCGGAUUGUGAAGUCGCCUCGUGCAACUUUUAACAGGACAGAAAGGGGAAUGCAUUUGCAGUGUCACAUUUGACGCAAUCAGAAAACCCAGUCGAAGUGGGGGUUUAUUUCACUUUGAAGUGAAGGGGCAUUAAUCACUGUAGCCAUCUUGAAUCCAGUCUACCUGUAGUGUUUGACAGCAAAGAAUCCACGAAGGACCAAGUUUUUGUUACAAGAAACCAGACAAUGUGUGCGCUGUAUGCCACAGAUCGAUUAAAGGUUUGGUUAAAGUCAUAAACACUGGAAAAUGUCCUCCUCUAACUUAGUGAGCCAUUGCCAGCUGUCCUGUGGGUAUAACUGGGAGAACCUGUUGUAUGUGUAUACUGUAGCUCUACUGUAUGUUCAUCUAAAGAUCUCAUAUGUUUAAGAGUUUUCCUCAUCAACUGUGACACUUGGUCUUGUGACGUCACUUCCCUCCUCGCUCACCCCCCCCCCCCUCCUCCCCCCUUGAAAUCUUUGGUGGAUUUUGCAUCAGCCCUAAUGUUGUCCUAACAUUUGUUAUAGAAGAGGACGGUGAAAUUAACAUCGAAACCUUGUAUAAUGUGUAAAAGUUUGGGUUUUUGUUUUUUUAGUUCUAUUUUUUUUCUC